AUGAUUGUUCACAUGAGGCAGAUGGGCCCAUGGUAAAGAGGUUGUUCAUCCCAUCAUAGGCAAAAUGUUUGUUUCGCAACUCAGUGUCAUAGGUCUGAUGCAGCUUGUCAGUAACUCUUCUACAAAUGUCCUUCCCAACGACAGGGUGAUCAUCUUGAAAACCAGCUAUGAUGCGAUUUUUCAUAAUGUCAAGCCGAAUUUUUCCAACAUUGCUCUAAGGGCAUUAACUGUCAUUAACUGUGCUAACAAGCAUCUUUCCUGCAGGCACAUGCUUCUCAGUAAUUUCUCUAAUACUGAUGGUCUCUUCCUGUUCUCAGCUUCUAUACGGAGUUUCCAGUUUCUACUGCUGAUGUCCAGAUUGUUGCGGAAUUCCAAAGCCUUAUUUCUGCAUUGCAAAUCGUUUUGGCUCAAUCCCUGCGGAUUCAGAAUAUCUUCAUUGGCGAUCCUCAUAUUCCUUCCCUGCUGCAUAUGAAUGAUACUGUUUGCUCUUGGCAUCUUCAAUCUUGGAUUUCCAGCCUUAACCGUUUGCUCAUUGAUGCCAAUAGUCCUCGUAUUCAUAUUAUACCCACACAUUGGUUGAGAUUUGCCUCCAAGCUUGCUGUUUUCGGGUAUAACCAUCAUGAGUUGACGCUUUUUCACUCCGGCCGUGACCUUCCUCAAUGGCUCAUGAGAAGUUUUUCUGAUUCUUGUUUUGUAUUUUAAUUUGUUCCUACUAGUUUUCUAGCUCUCUGUGUUUUUUAUUAGUCGUGGUUCUUUUGUUGUUUUUGUACUUGUUAUUUCUCUUUU